AUGGCUGAGAUUUCAGGAAAAGUACGUUUCAAAGUAGGAGACGGCGCGUACCAGACUUGGUACAAAAUCGUCGGCGAUCUUGCCUCAGGUGCACACCCUCUCAUCGUGCUCCACGGCGGUCCUGGCGUCUCCCAUGAGUAUAUGACGCCUCUCGCUGAACUUUACAACAAAUGCAACAUCCCCGUCAUCUUUUACGACCAGAUCGGUAUCGGCAAGUCCAUUUUUGAAGGUGUGGCGGAGAAGCCCAAAGAGUUUUGGACAGUCGAUCUGUUCAUGGACGAGCUGGACAACCUUAUCGCCCACCUUCGUGUCCAGAAUGGUUUCGCUCUUCUGGGUCACUCCUGGGGAGCGAUGAUGGGAGCACACUACGCCAGCCACAGACAUCCUGUGGGUCUCAAACACCUCAUCCUCACUAGCGGAGCCCCAUCAAUGGCAUUGUGGGAACAAAGCACCGGCCAGUUGCUGAAAGCGCUGCCAGCGAAUGUGAGGGAGACGAUUGAGAGGCAUGAAAAAGCGGGGACGACGGAUAGUCCUGAAUAUCAUCAAAUGAUGGGUAUCUUCUAUGAAAAGCACGUUUGCAAGACACCCUGGCCAAAGGUGAUGGAGACAUCGUUUGCGGCCAUGAUGCAACAUCCCACUGUGUAUCAGACGAUGAUUGGACCGUCAGAGUUCACGAUUACGGGCACGCUGAAGUCAUGGACGUGUCUGGAACAGAUUCACACGAUUACGGUUCCUACUCUGGUCACGAACGGUGUGAUGGACGAAGCGCAGGAUGUCUGCGUCAGUCCUUUCUUCCAGAGGAUUCCGCAUGUUAAGUGGGCUCAGUUCUCCCAGCGCCACAUGCCGUUCUUGGAGGAGGAGGACCAGGCGAGAUACCUUCAAGUGGUGGCUGAUUUUCUGACGUAUCCUUGA